UCCCCAAACAUGGGGCGCUAUCAUAGAAAACUCGGAGAUUACGAGGAGACGGUGAAGGCGGCACCAGCCUUGCUUUGUAUUCACAGUGUAACCCAUUUGUCUUUAGUGGUAACGUAAACCACCGCAGAUAAAACUUUAAUAGCAGUAUGUAUCAGUCUGUUCAAUUGUUGGACUUCUCCAGGCACUAACACUGAAAGCGGUGGAAUAGCAAAUUUCUAGCUGUGGUGCUACAUCACGAGGAGCACCAAAUGCUAACUUACCUAGCUACGCUGUUAGCAUCUUAGCAGCUGUUCCGUCCACUUGAAGGCAUCAUUGAGUUCUCCUACACAGACUAUAGACAGUUUAUGGUACCACAGAGAGCAGCAACAUGACCUCAGCUUCCACUAAAGUUGGGGAGAUCUUCUCUGCAGCUGGGGCUGCAUUCACCAAACUAGGAGAGCUCACCAUGCAGCUUCACCCAGUGGCAGACUCCAGUCCUGCAGGUUCCCAUCCUCCCUCCAGUGGUCAGACGAAGAGCACAGCGAAGAGGAAGCUGUACGAAGAGGGAGCUCUGCCCACUGCCUCUGAAGGGCCUAAGAAGGUCAUCAAGAAAACCAUCGCUACUGUUGCUAUGGCAGCGCAGGGCACUCCAACCGUCAUCUCCGUACCAACGGCUCAGGUUGUCGUGGCGUCAGGACUACAGGGUUCCUCCAGCCAGCCCAGCAUGAAGAAACAGAAGACUGCAGACGUGACCCUCAGUGCUCUCAACGACUCAGAUGUCAACAGUGAUCUUGUGGACAUCGAGGGACUGGGUGAAGGAUCCAACUCCAAAAAACUCAAUAACUUUGAUCAAGAUAACCUGAACCUGGACUCAAGCCUCAUCAUGAAUCCCAGUGACCUUCCUCUGCUCUCCCGUUGACCUUUCACUUCCAAUGGACAUCAAAUGAUGGAUGAAACUAUGAAAAAAGGAAUCAAGUUGUUGGCAGGCCAGCCAUUAGGAAUCAUGGAUACGGGGACAAAAUUUUCCAAACUGGACCCCUUAUUCACACUCACUCCAGCACCACCAACCCCAUCCACCCUUCGCUCUAAUACCAACACAGGCAAUUUCAAAUAAGCUCUCGGCCAUUAGUUUUGUAGUGCGAGAGACAGAGUCUCUAACAACUGUUUCCAAAACCAGUGUUAUAGACCCAUCAAGACCAUGCUCUGUUCUGUAUUGCCAAUAUGAUCACAAAGCACAAAAGAUCACAUCAGUUAUUUCAAAACACAGAUUUUCUUUCAGAUAAGACUGUGACAGUUAUAUUCUUCCUUUUACCUCAAAACAAAAGUAGAGAAAAAUAUGCCCUCAAAGAUUCAGAGAAGAGUAAAAUGAAUUAUUGAUGAAAUUAACUGCAAGGGAUUAACCUGUAAGAUUGAAUCAACAGUGAAAAUAUAAAUUCACUUCUCAUCUGUUACCAUUGCCAAAUUCAGUGUUUAUAAUGUGUUCAUUUAUGCAAUUCCAAGACUAGUAUUUAUAAUAAAAAUUCAAAUAUACCAUUUCAAAAAGGCAUUGCUGCUUUUUGCCUCCCCAAAAUUUAGCCUAACUUUGGAGCAUUAUUUACCUCCUUCCAGGUAUCAGUAUCUUUACUCUAUCUUUAAAACUAAGCCCGCCACAGCAGGUUUUAUUUUCUAGUCUCCCUUGAUCCUCACCUUUGCCACAUUUAGCCUGUCAUAGAAUAACAAUAAAUUUAUUUUGUAAAUACAUAUAACUUGUAGUGUCAGUGAUGUAAGUCAUUAAGUAAAUUGCUGUAGUCUAAGGGUCCAGCAUAGACCUUUGCAUGUCCGCCCCUGACAGCGGGCCUGCUUGUUGGCACUAUCAGGAAUAUGUUUGGAUAAAAAAAAAAUUAACAGCAGUAAUUUGCAAUUUUAGACAAUUUCCUCUCCGCCUCAUUGUCUUUUGCAAUGUAGAAACAUCCAGACAUUCCUAAAAGACUGUAUGCAGUAAGGAAACUGUUCUUACAUUCAUACUUCCUGUGUUUCUUUAAAGAGAAGCCAGGAAAACAAAGACAGAGAAACUUUGGCUAAAUCAACAAGAUAUUUUGCUCCCCCAUCAAGAUGCAGCCCUAAUAUGUAACUUUUUUUUUCACUUUUUAGCUAGGACAUGCUGGUUGGUCUGCAUCCUCAAAAAAAUAGCUUACAAUGUAAACAGGACACACAUAUUUUACGUCUCUAUUGUUCCCCCAUAUAAUUGAUGUAUUCAUUAGAAUCAUACAGCCUGGUCUUACACAAGUGUUACAGGCGAUCAUAAUGUCAAAAAUUUGGCUUUUGAAUUUCCGCUUAUUGACUUUUCAGCAUCAAGACAUAAUCUUUUAAGAGAGAGUCACGAUGCAUCUAAGAAUCCUUUUUUUCCCCUCUCAACAUCUGGUAAAGAGUGACAAUUUAUUGUAUUUCAUGUUCAGUCUCACCCCAUUUUGCUAAUGAUUGUAUUAGCAGGUGUUAGGCCUCAGUUAAGGGCUGUGGCUGACCCUAGAUUUGCGAAAAUCUUGCAGGCUGCUUCAAAAAAAUUCUUGUCUUGUGGUUUUAUGGUGUGACAAUACUGUGUUGAAGGUUUGGUUAGGUUUUAGGCACAAAAAACACUUGGUUAGGGUUAGGGAAAGAUCGUGGUUUGAGUUCAAAUGAAACUUGGAACAUGAAAUCUGGUGAAUCUGAGGCUACCAUCAAGACACGACCUCAGUUUAGGUCAAACAUGAUGUAGUAAUUAGAGUUUUUAGAAGGACAAAGACAUGUUGGACUCCUGUCUGAGUGAUUGGUUCCAGUAUAUUUUCAAUGUGAAUUGUCUAAAUUCCUUCCUUCCUCUCAACUUGGCCAGUAAAACUGUGUUAGAGGUUACAAGAACACAGAGGGUCAGAUCCUACACUCUGCUCCUUUCAUUCUAGUUAAGGUGGAACUAAAUAACCAACAAGAGUAGUUGCUUAUUAUUUUUAAGAGCUGGUAUCUUGUGAUAACAUAUCUCCUUACCUUGAUUAGUACAGUAUACAUUUUUUAGACCCAGAAACACAUUUGAGUAAAAAAUAAAUGUGGGUGACAGUCAGUUUGAGGUUUAUAUUUAAAUGACAAUGAUUUAAAUAAUCAAAAAUGAUAAUUUUUUUUUAAAAACACCCCUAACUCAAGAUCCACUUACUAGAUUUCUUCUCAGCUUUCAACCACAUCCUAGUCUUAAUCAGUAGAUAAGGUUUGCCCAGUUGUUCAACAGAUUUCAUCCAUUAAUGAGGACUGGGAGGUACAGUUGAACACUUUAGGAUAUGCUUGAAAGUGGACCACUUUUUAAAAUUAAAGGAAUAGGAAUAUCGACCACUGAUUUUUAAAACAGUUUUCAAAAAUAGGCUUUUCACUUUAUAUCUGAGAGUUAGAUGAGAAGAUCAAUGUCAAUUUCAUGUCUGUGCUUUAAGUACAAGACUGUUAGCCUAGCUUUGCAAGAAGGCUGGAAGCAGGGGGAAAUGGCUAGCCUGAUUCUGUCUAAAGCUAAAAAAAUAUAUACCCACAAAUACCCCUGAAGCUCACUGAUUAACAUGUUUUUCAUUUGAUCAGAUGUUAUCAACAUUACUACUGCUGUUGGGUUCUGUACUUAAGAAAUAACCAUGUAAAAUAGAGUGGUUAGCAAUUUAGUACUCCUGGUUCCCUUGUCUUAAAGUCAAUGGGUUUCUUGAAUGGGUAUUGGUUAGAUGCCUAAAAUAAGGUCUGUGGUUAAUGUUUGAGAUUUUCACAUUUUGUUCUAAAACAUUAAAUGGGUCUCUUAAAAUUAGUGUCCUAAAAAGGCGGUUGCUAACAAGUGAGUAAAUGAGACUACAGAAUGUCAUGACAUCAAACACAGCUUUACAACCUCAUUGUGGUGUAGUUUAUUUAUAGCCUAACAACACCAUUUUACUUGUGUUCACAUGUGAAAACUAUCCUGCCGAACAAGAUGCGUAAGUAUCAUAAACUUUUGUUUGCCACAGAGCUUGUUUUCAGCAAUAAUGUAAAAUCCAAUGGAAAAAUCCCAAAGGUUUUUUUUGACAAAGUAACCAUGGUGAUACUUAUGUUUGGGCUACAAAAAAGUCAUCUUUGCAGCACUCUAUAAUAAUAACUGUAAUGUUCACAAAUACUUUGAAAUAUAGUCAUAGAUUUCAUACAUGAUUAAUUCAUCUAUCUGAACGUAAAGUUCUGCUGGUUUUUAUCCUACAAUAUUUUCAUAGCAACAGCAAUACUAAAACCCAUAUUUAUACCAGAUUUGCAUACAAAACUUAAUUUUAGAAGCUGAAAUGCCAUGACAAGUAAUUUGUUUAUUUCUUCUGUCAAUGUUGUAUAUACAAUUUACUGUAAAGUGUUGGCUCUGUUUUUGCCCAUUGUAGCAUUUAACAUCAUGUAUACUUGACAUUACUGCAGAGCUCAUUCCAAAGCAUGUGGUUUUAUAUUUUCUGUGAUUUUUCACCUUUGAGGCAGCCAUUAGAUUCUGUUCAUUUCAGAACAAUCUGAAAGAAGAAAAUAACGUACAUUCCUUCAUUUAGUUUACUGAAGAGCCCUGUGACAAAUGAGUACAUUGCAUCCCCUGAUGAAGACCUUGAGAUUCAGUUGAAAGCCCUCAUAAAGCUAGUAAUAUCUGCUGAGAUUUAAGUAAAAUGGGAUAUUAUUUAGACACCUCACUAUGUCUAAAUGAGAAUUUAUAGACUAUUCAUAUUUGUCAAGCAGCAUUGUUGUUGAAUGAUGAAUCAAUCACUCUGGUAGACCAUCCAUCUUGAACUUAAAUGAAGUGAAACCAGUGGCUAUGUGGAAGAUCACAUGGAAUAAUCAAAUAUGGUAUGUCUUUAAAUAAAGUCAGCAGUAAUGUAUAGUAUAGGUUAGUUUUUUAAAACAUGCACAAAAUAAAAGUGUGCAAGGAUCCACGUUGAAGUGGACCGCUGUAGUUAAAUAAAUGCCCUUUAGGAGGGUGUGACUGUGUCAAAAAUGUACAUGUGAUUUAAUAAAAACAAUUUAUAAAUUGUACUGUGGACUUGUUCAUGUUUGCCACUUUCUUCUACCACUGGAGAUCAAAAUAACCACACAACCAUAUUUCCCACUUAUUUUCAUCUCC